AUGUACCUAUCAUCACUGUCCUCAGUUGCUCGGAGGUCGUGCGCUACCCUUUCCAGGGGCACACGACCACCACCAACAACACUAUCAACAACAUCAACACUCAACACCACAACACCCUUUGCCUCUGUAUUCCGCCAAAAACAUGCAUCAAAUCAGCAAACUAGAAGCAGCUCCCACUCCCCCAUGGGCACGCCACCCACCAACCCCCGCAAAAAGGUCACCAUCGGUACCCUCCGAGCCAUGCACAAGAGGGGUGAGCCUAUCACCAUGAUCACUGCCCAUGACUUCCCCAGCGCCCAUGUGGCAGAUGCCGCCGGCAUGGACAUGGUCCUCGUCGGCGACAGCCUUGCCAUGGUGGCCCUCGGCAUGGAAGAUACAUCAGAGGUUCUUCUGGAAGAGAUGCUGUUACACUGUCGAUCCGUUGCACGUGCCACCCGAGCUGCCUUUACUAUUGGUGACCUUCCCAUGGGCUCAUACGAGAUCGCCCCGGAACAGGCUCUUGAGACAGCCAUCCGGUUUGUCAAAGAGGGCCGCAUGCAAGGCAUCAAGCUUGAAGGCGGCAAAGAGAUGGCUCCCACCAUUGCCAAAAUCACCAGAGCCGGCAUUCCAGUACUUGGCCAUGUAGGCCUCACUCCUCAACGGCAGAAUGCCCUGGGUGGUUUCAGAGUCCAAGGCAAAACGUCUGACGGUGCUAUGAAGGUGCUGGAAGAUGCACUCGCCAUUCAAGAAGCCGGGUGCUUUGCCAUGGUCCUGGAGGCAGUCCCUGCCGAGGUGGCAUCCAUCAUCACUGAGAAGCUCUCUGUUCCAACUAUUGGCAUUGGUGCUGGAAACGGCUGCUCUGGUCAGGUGCUUGUGCAGGUCGACAUGACGGGCAACUUUCCCCCUGGAAGGUUCCUCCCCAAGUUUGUCAAGAAGUAUGGCGAUGUCUGGUCAGAGAGUCUCCGGGCCAUUGAGACUUAUCGAGACGAGGUCAAGAGUCGGCAAUAUCCUGCCCCUGAGCACACGUACCCGAUUCCAAAGGAUGAGCUCGAGGCGUUCGCGGAGACGGUCAAGGAUGUGUAA